AUGGCAACCCGUAACUAUGCUUUUGGAAGACAGGAUGAGGCUACUCACCCAGAUUCCAUGAGAGCCACUUUAGCUGAAUUUGCCUCAACUCUCAUCUUUGUCUUUGCUGGAGAAGGCUCUAGCCUUGCUUUGGUUAAGAUUUACAAGGAUGCAGAUUUCUCAGCUGGUGAGUUAGUGGCAGUUGCACUUGCACAUGCCUUUGCUUUCUUUGCUGCUGUAUCUGCUAGCAUGCAUGUGUCCGGCGGCCAUGUCAACCCGGCCAUCACUUUCGGUGCUCUCAUCGGCGGCAGGAUUUCGGUGGUCCGGGCAGUCUACUACUGGAUUGCUCAACUUCUGGGUUCUAUAGUGGCUGCCCUCUUGCUCAGGCUUGUUACCAAUAACAUGAGACCAGCAGGGUUCCAUGUGGCAGUGGGUAUUGGAGCAUUUCAUGGGCUUAUACUUGAGAUUGUGAUGACAUUUGGGCUUAUGUACACAGUAUAUGCUACAGGAAUUGAUCCUAAAAGGGGUAGCAUUGGUACCAUUGCACCCUUGGCAAUUGGGCUCAUUGUUGGGGCAAACAACCUUGUUGGUGUGCCAUUUGAUGGAGCAUGCAUGAACCCUGCACUGGCUUUUGGGCCUUCCUUGGUGGGCUGGAGAUGGAACUAUCACUGGAUCUACUGGGUGGGCCCAUUUAUUGGAGCAGCAAUUGCAGCACUGAUAUAUGAAUAUUGGACAAGCACUUCACCCACUUCAAGUUCUCAGCAUAAUCAGUAUGCAAGUCAGACACCACAAACACACGUAACCCAUCAGUGUUCCCCAAAACAGAAGGCAAUAUCUGAGGCCUUCCAAGGUCACCCCUUUUCAUGUGUCUCCCAUAACUGCAACUAACUGUUAGUUGUUUAGAGAAAUAUGCAGAGUGCUGAGGCUGUUGAGACAGGGUGAGACAAGAAGGGUUAAACCUCACCACCAUGAGCACCCAACAAUGAUUCAAAUUCAGCAUAAAAAUGCCACCAAGUUAAACAAAUGGCAAAAGGGUAGUUGAUAAUUAGCUCUGAACAGAAAAACCAAGUUCAGAUUUGGAACAUGAAGGAAAACAUAGGAAACAUCGAAUAAAAUACCCAAAACCAAA